CGUUGAUUCAAUGAGGUCACGUAUGACAUUAGUUGAAUUAUAUACUUUUUUUUACAAUCCAAAUAGUUUAAAAACGUUUACUGUGAAUGUAUUUUAUCUAGACAAGACUGAGUAUAAACGACAACAGAUUUGAGCCAAAACGUUAGGAAGCUAAGUCGACACUACAAGCUAACGCUAAUCGAAGGUGAUGAAACUCGCAGGUUAUUUAAGGUGUAAAGGGUGGAUUAUUAACAAAGUAUGAUUUACACUGGGAACACACACACAUUUCUGUCGUGGGUUUUUAGAUAUUACACUUGACUUUAGGGGGGCAAAAAGACCGUCCUGUCUCGGACGGGCUACGGGACAUCAUAGUGCCCCAUGACUGAGCGAUAGCUGAGUAAGUGGUGCAUUCACGUACCUGCUGUGUCGGUGAUCAGGUCUUCACAAAAGAACAAAUGGCAACUUAAUCCGUUUUUUGAUGAUAGUUAUCCUUCGGUUUCCAAGACUGUCGAGUGAGAGGAAAAUAACCUGCAAUCGCGUACCACACAAACUCCACCCAGGGACGCCUUCCGGGACACCGUACAGGCUGCUGCCUUUUUCCUGUCCGGAGGCCACAUUUAUCCCACACUUUGCAUAUCGACUACACCGAUACCACGGCUAGUAUCAGCCUCGGAUCGACACUGGGAAUAUAUUAUUGGACUCAUCAGGACUACGGGGGCAAACAUUUGAAAGGAUUUGAAUGACAACCAAUGGGGUCAAAGGAGGAUCACCCGGUGUCAGCCUGUUGUGCACUGAUCCUGGCUCACAGGCAGCAAGUACGGCAAAAAGUGGACCCCUUUACUACCCAUACGUGACAGAUGGUGAAGAAUUGGACUUUGCUAUUCCUGAAAUGGAUGGAAACUUGAAAGGACUCUUUUUUCUGGAAUAUUUGAAGCCAUCACCAGAGGAAAUGACUUCACUGAUGAAUUGUCCUGCAUUCAGUAUGAAGCUGGAUUACCUCACAAACUGCUGGUGAAGCCCGACACCUUUCCAACGUUACUUGGUCGUGUGGACUGAGCAAGCAAUUGAUCUGCACUUUAAAAAUGAAGAGAAACAAACCCUAAAAAGGCUCCUGAUGCUGCGGUCAUCCAACAUCCCCUCCGAUCAAGGAAGACGCUCUAGCAAUUUGGAAGACAUCAGCACAUCCUCGGAAUAACCGAGACUUCCCGCUUUAGAUUGAUGUUAGUGUAUGGAGUGUGCAUGAGAGCAGUGCAGCCUUGGAUCCAUCGUGGAACCAGAAUCCCCCCGGGCGCCCAGCCUAUGGGACGGAGCCGCUCCACACCAGCAACUACUCACUGGUGUUGCUUCUUCAGCUCAGCCUGCUCUCCUUCGACCUGUUUGUCAACUCCUUCAGUGAGCUGCUGAGGGAUGAACAAGCAGUGCAGCUCGUACUUUUCAUGUGAGUUCCACAAACACGCCCGAGAUCAGCUAAACCGUUCCAUGUCUCCUGACACCCUUUCCCCUCUUUUCCUUUCUCUUAUUGGUAGCAUUCAGGACAUUGCCAUCCUGUUGAACCUCAUCAUCAUCCUCUUGAUGCUGUUUAACACAUACGUGUUCCAGGUCGGCCUGGUUGCCAUAUUGUUGGAGAGAUUUAGAGCGUUGCUAAUGCUCUCGGCGCUCUAUCUGACCUUCAGUGUAAUACUCCAUUCCUGGCUCACGAAUCUGCGAUGGCUAAGUACCAGCAAAUUUAUUUGGACAGAUGGCCUUCAGGUGCUGUUUGUAUUCCAAAGAGCCGCUUCUGUGUUGUACUACUACCUCUACAAGAGGACCUCAGAGUAUUUGGGUGACCCUCGCCUCUAUGAGGAUUCACCGUGGCUGCGAGAUAUCUUUGAACGGGUCAGACAGUAAACCCUGAACAUUUCUCAACAGACCAGUGAUGCCACAGCAAACAUGACAUUGGGAACGUGGCAAAUAAAGUGGAUUCAUUAUGAGGUCUGGUUUGGGUCAUUUAUCCCUUUUAAGGGUACAGAGCAUGUACACCCAACAAAUCUAAAAAAUAUACAAAAAAUGAAAUAAAAAAACACAAAGCUUUUGUUUUUGCUCCCAUUUUUCAUGAACUGAGCUUAAAGAUGUAAGGCCCAUCUCUUUCAAAUAUUGUUCACAAACUGUCCCGCAUUGUCUUUACAUUGGCCGCAAUAAAAGGCUCCAAAAUGUGCAGUUACAGUCCGACGUACAUGCUCCUGUGCUGACUACGUGCAAAAAUUGGGAAAAUUGCAAGAAACACACACAUGGCCCCCACGCACAGACACUAAGCGUGCUGUGGAUCGGCGUGUACGUGUUUGAGCCAAAUGGUGGCCAUGGCACUGGUUUUCAGGACAUGAAUAACGAUGUAACUUGUGUGUACAUUUGUGCAACAAGUGUUGCAUUUAUGUUUUUUGUUGAGUGUAGUACGUAGAUGUAGUAACUGGUAGACGUGGAUACGGUCUUCCCAGGAAUCAUAAUAGAGUACAUACAUUGUUAACAAUCAAUAUGUUGUAUAUAGGAUGUAACAGGAUCACACUGGAUACAUUUGCUUGUGUAAAAUGUGCCAAAAUAUGUAUUUCUUAAAGCGAAGUUUGAAUGUGUUUUCCAGGCACUACAUGACUUUUUUUUAUUUUUGAAUUCCCACUGCAUGUUUUUCUGUUGUUUUUUUUAAAUACAUUUCAGACUACUACUGUUGCUGUGUCUCUGCAAUGUUCUAUUAAACAGUUGCUAUCAUGGUGGGUUAUUGAAUAUCUACAUGCACAUUCGACUAAAUGGGCCACAUUUUACCAUUCCACAAUAUAUUGAGUUUCAACACACAUAGGAAUAAUUGAACCGCAUUUGAUUUCAGUAGAUUUCUGAUUUUUUUUUCCAAAUUACAUAGCUUUAUUUUAACCUACAAAACCAUAGCAUCACACAUCUCUCGUCCCUUUGUACAUUGUGGUUCACUCUAUGGCGUUUAAAAAAAUACAAAAAUAAAUCACUGUUUCGUGGUUUAAUACAGCUUGUUAUAAGACAAAACUAGGGCUGUCAAAUGAUUAAAACAUUUAAUCAGAUUAAUCCAUUUUACAAUUAA